AUGAUCGAAUGCAGAAAUUUCAUGCUUUACCAACUCAUCGACAUUGGCAAAGACUGGUUGGAAGUCGUUGAGACGUAUCACAGCCACGCUUCCAAGCUCAUCAAAGACCAGAAGAAGGCUGAGAUUGAAAGCAAGCGGAGAAUUCAAGGCUUGCAGGGCUGCUAUUACCGACUCAAUAACUUCGUUCCUGCCCUAGACAAGGACGGCAACCUCCUCUUCAAUGAUGAUGGCAAGGAAUACACCAUCCUCCUGCAAGUUCGCCAACAGAAAGACGAAUUGCUCGGCCUGAUCGACCGAUACCCUGAGCGUGUUUGUUAUGAGAACUACUCAUGGGUAUCACCAGAGCACAUGAAAAGGGCUGAAGAGUUGACCGCGCGCAGAAACCAGCAGAGGUUAGCAAGAGGCCUACCUCCAUGGUCACCUAAGCACCAGGAGACCCGAGUAGUCCACACUCACCAUGGCAACCCACCAGAGGCGUGA